UCUCCGUAUCCUCGGCCUUUCAUUCGUUUCUUCUUCCAGAGCGCUCUUAAUAACGGCAUUUCCAAUCUUGCUUAUGCUUUAUAAGCAUAGUCUUAAAACCAAAAUUUUUUUACGAUUGCCUUCCCCCCUUUUUUUUCUUUCUUUCUUUUUUUUUUAAGAGCAGCUUCCAGAAGUUAUAAGGAGUCUGGAUGAGAAAAUAAAUUGCCUUCCUCAACUCCCCUAAGACAAGACACUUUAGAAAAUGUCCUCUCUUCCCUAAAACCCGCCCCCACAUAGGCAGGGUUUUCUUUUGGGCAAACCUGCUGCUUGGGAAGGGAAAAAAGAAGGGAGGUGGCAAAACCUGUUUGAAGGUAAGGUUACCUCCCUUCCACACCUCCCUCCUCCUUGGAGGCAAGAGCAACAACAGUGAGACAGAGAAAAAGGACAUAGAAGUGCUGGGGAGCCGGGACAAGGGGCUCCCGGACAGCUGCAAAGUGGCUGAGGGAGGCAGGAAGACCCUGAAGAUGGGAACCACACAAGAAGCGGGAGAAAAGACAUUAGACCUUGGGGCCGGGGAGAAUGCCGAGGCAGCGCGCCCAGCAGCAUCCCUGAAACUUGGGGAACUGGAGCUGAAGGAGGAGUGGCAGGAUGAAGAAUUCCCCAGAUUUCUUCCUGAAGAAGCCGACCCUUCUGAAGGUCCUGACGAUCCUGAGAGAGGUUCACAGGCAGGUACACCCAGCACUUUAGCCCUGUGUGGCCCACGCCCCAUGCGGAAGCGUCUUUCUGCCCCAGAGUUGCGACUGAAUCUGACCAAGGGCACUGGAGGCGAUGGAACAUCUCCCACAAACUCUGUACCUUCCUCUCCUGAUGGUAGUUCUGACCUGGAGGUAGAUGAAUUGGAGACACCUUCAGACUCUGAGCAGCUGGACAGUGGACAUGAAUUUGAAUGGGAAGAUGACCUGCCCCAGGCAGAGGGUCUGGGGGCCAGUGAGGCAGCGGAAAGGCUGGGCCGGGGUUGUGUGUGGGAUGUGGCUGGAGAAGAUGGUCGUCACUGGAGGGUGUUCCGGACAGGACAGCGGGAGCAGAGAGUGGACAUGACUGUCAUUGAGCUCUAUAAGAAAGUCCUCUCUCAUGGAGGUUACCAUGGUGAUGGCCUCAACGCCAUUAUCGUCUUCUCUUCCUGUUACCUACCCAGCAGCAGCAUCCCCAACUACACCUAUGUCAUGGAACACUUGUUCAGGUAUAUGGUGGGAACUCUGGAGCUACUGGUCGCUGAAAAUUACCUGCUUGUUCACUUGAGUGGAGGCACGAGUAGGGCCCAGGUCCCACCUCUGGGCUGGAUGCGCCAGUGUUACCGCGCUCUGGACCGGCGGCUCCGGAAGAACCUGCGCGCCCUGGUGGUUGUCCAUGCCACCUGGUACGUGAAGGCAUUCCUGGCACUGCUGCGGCCCUUCAUCAGUUCCAAGUUUACAAGAAAGAUCCGUUUUCUGAACAGCCUGGGAGAGCUGGCCCAACUCAUCUCCUUGGAUCAGGUUCACAUCCCUGAAGCUGUCAGACAGCUGGACCAGGAGCUCCAUGGCUCACGAGGGACCUAGAGGAAGAAAAGAAUCAAGGGCCUUAGAACCAAGCAAAGAUUAAUCUGCCUGUGCUCUAACCCUGAAACAUCUUGGGCUGUUCCCUAAACCACCUCCUCCUCAACCCCAGUACCACAGGACCUUCACAUUUCCCUGGGGUCUCAUUCCUCUCAUGACCGUGCCUUCAAAGCAGGGCUCCAAAGUCUGGAACCUCAUUUGCCCAGUGAUCAUCAGUUCAGCUAUAGGGGUGCAUGUAGUGGCAUCUUGUAGGGGAAUGGGGAAGGCUGCGGGGUUUGGUCCUGCUUCAGCUACAGAACCUUGGGCAAAUAUAACCGCAUUUCUCUGAGUGUCCUUUUCCUCCCUUGUAAGUGAAGGUGCUGAGACCCUUUCCACCCGGGGCAUGCUAGCAGUCUGUGAAGCUCAGUGAGAGGUGGAGGGGAGGGCAGGGCUUAACUCACCGCGCAGCCUGCUGGGAACCGGGAGUCAGCUCCCUAAACCUGGAAGAACUGCAGCUCCCUUCUUUGUCACAGCUGUUGCCUGUGGGUCGGGGAAGGAGUGCUUUCAAAACUUGUACUUUUGUCCUCUUUAGGAAAUUCCGAUCCGUAGCGGUUAAUAAACUGCGAUGCAAGGUUUAA